UCCCGCCGCUCCCAACAAGUACAAAAAGUUUUUCUUCGCUUCACCAUCUCUGUAAAAUCCCUUUAAACCGUCACAAAAUCGUUCUCUUCCUGUAAAUUCUGAAACCCUAACUUAUCUGUGUUCGUUGUCAAUGGCGAAACUUGAUCAGCUGACUCGGUACAUUGAGUCCUACGUCGACUCGUCUGCUACUUCCUCUCAGCAGUUUGCGAGUGUGGACGCAAUUGGGAAUCUUGUAAAGAAUAAUGCUUUAACUCUGGAAGCACUGGUUAGAGAGUUGGAGAUGUAUUUGACCACAACAGAUGACAUCAUUCGUGCAAGAGGAAUCCAUCUUCUAGCAGAGGUGCUUACGCGCAUUGAAUCAAAACCUCUUGACAAAGCAACUGUUCAUACCUUGAUAGCUUUCUUCAAGGAUAGAUUGGCAGAUUGGAGAGCGCUGCAAGGUGCCCUUGUCGGUUGUUUGGCUAUGAUAAGGAGAAAAAGCAAUGUGGGUAUGGUAACUGAUAGUGAUGCCAAAGCUGCUGCUCAAUCUUUUCUAGAGAAUAUCCAAGUUCAAUCUUUAAGACAGCAUGACAGAAAGCUUUGCUUUGAACUUCUUAAUGGCCUGCUGGAGCUAUACUCCGAUGCAGUUUCUUCAUUGGGAGAAGAUCUUAUUAAUGGAAUUUGUGAAGCUGUGGAUGCUGAAAAGGAUCCAGAAUGUUUGAUGCUUGCUUUUCAUUGUGUUGAGAGUUUGACACGAUUAUAUCCUGAUCCUUCUGGUGUACUUUCGAAUUAUGCGAAGGAUAUUUUUGACAUUUUGGAAUCUUACUUUCCCAUUCACUUUACUCAUCCCAGGGGUGGACAUAUUGGUGUCCAAAGAGAUGAACUGUCAAGGGCUCUGAUGUCUGCAUUCUCUUCCUCGCCCAUUUUUGAACCAUUUGUCAUUCCUUUGCUUCUCGAGAAACUUUCUUCCUCCCUACUUUCAGCAAAGGUUGAUUCCUUAAAGUAUCUGAAGGCUUGCUCCUGCAAGUAUGGAGCAGAGAGAAUGGCAAAUCAUGCCAGGGCUAUCUGGUCUUCAUUAAAAGAUGCAAUAUCUACUUAUUUGGAAGAGCCAGUUCUUUCUUUUACUUCAGAACCUCUAGUUGGGGUUAACUUUCAGAAGAAUGAAAUUGUGACGGAGGCUCUAUCCCUUCUUCAGUUGCUUAUCAAGCAAAAUAGUGGUUUGUUAGUGAGCUUGAUUGUUGACGAUGAAGAUGUGAACAUGGUUUUCAACUCCAUUUCAUGUCAUGAGAGAUACAAUGAUAUUCCUGUUCAAGGAAAGCAAAAAAUACAUGUUGUUGGUUGUAUUCUCUAUGUUACUGCCAAGACUUCCUUUUCCUCAUGCAAUCUUGUGUUUCAGAGUCUUUUCUCUCGAAUGAUGGAUGCUCUGGGAUUUCCCAUAAGAGAAAUCAAUAGUUUGCCAAAUGAUAAUAUGUUGCCCCUUACAGGAGUUAAGUUUGGAUUCCUUUAUCUCUGCAUUGAGCUACUUUCAGGUUGCAGGGAUUUGAUUGCGGUGUCUGAGGAACCAGGGCUGAAUUGUGAUUUUGAGCAUGAGGCAUUCUGCACCAUGCUUAAUAAUUUUUCAAGUUCAUUAUUCAAUGCCUUUGCUUCUGCCUUGUCAUUUGGUGCUGAUAAUCACCUUCUUGAUCCAGAUAUUUAUAUUGGAGUCAAGGGUUUGGAGAUAUUGGCUAUGUUUCCAGGAGAUACUUUUCCAAUUACGAAACUUCUAUUUGAAAAUAUUUUGAGGAAAUUUAUAUCAGUUAUCACAGAGGAUUUCAAUAAAACAGUGUUAUGGGAGGCGGCAUUGAAAGCAUUGGUUUGUAUUGGAUCAUUUGUUCAUAAGUUUCAUGAGUCUGAAAAGGCGAAGAGCUAUAGCAGAUUUGUUGUAGAAAAAAUUGUCAAACUGCUGUCUCUUGAUGAUACUAUGCCUUUUCCACUCAAACUGGAAGCAUUAUCUGGCAUAGGCAUGACUGGAGUGAUGUAUAUGCUGAAAGUUCUUCAAGAGUUUGAAGGGGCUGUAUUUGCUAAUCUGUCUAUGAUUUUUGUCCAUGGGAAUUUAAGGUCUACCGAAACUGUUAUUCAGCUUCUAGAGUGCUUCUCAGACAAGUUGCUCCCAUGGAUCCAUGAAAAUGGAUGUUCUGAGGCACCUGUGGUGCAUUUUGCUGUGGAAGUUUGGAAUCAAAUAGGAAUUUGCAUGGGCUCUACCGUCCCAUUUGAGGAAAAGGGACUUCUGGAUGCAAUUAUGAAAGUGAUGAAGCUUGCUGUUGCCUAUUGCUCUGUGGAAAGCCAGAAUAUUAUUAUUAAAAAAGCAUAUGACAUACUUUCAUCGCACACUAGUUUUCAGUUCAAGGAACUGGAUAGAUCACCUCUAACUCCUGGACAACAUGAUGUUUCUGAUCGAGAGAAACGGGUGGUCUCAAUAUUUGCAUCAGCAGUUAUCGCAGUUUGCCCCCAAACAUGCAUUCCAAAUGAAAGAAUAAUGCUGCAUCUAUUUAUCAUAACCCUCCUCAGGGGUGUUGUUCCAGCAGCUCAGGCCUUGGGUUCUAUGAUUAACAAAAUGGUUUCAAAAUCUGAAGGUACUGAGACUUCCAGUUAUCUUACCUUGGAAGAAGCUCUUGAUAUUAUAUUUGACACGAAAAUAACUGGUCAGAAAUGUAGUCAAAUGAAUCAAGGACAUGAUGUGGUUCUGACUGAUUUAUGUCUUGGAGUUGGAACUGAUAGAUUGCUUCAACUCAAUGCCAUUUGUGGACUCUCAUGGCUUGGAAAAGGUUUGCUUCUACGUGGUCAUGAAAAGAUUAAAGAUGUCACUAUGAUUUUUUUGAAGUGUUUAUCAUUGGGCCCAAAGAGUGCCUUGCCUUUGAUCCAAGAUUUGCAAGAAGAAACUCCCGUGAAGAAUUUGGAUCCUUUAGUAAUGAAAUGUGCUGCUGAUGCAUUUCAUAUUCUUAUGAGUGAUUCUGAAGAUUGUUUAAACAGAAAGUUCCAUGUCAGAAUACGACCACUCUAUAAGCAGCGGUUUUUCUCUUCCAUGAUGCCUGUAUUUCUGCAGUUGAUCCCCAAAUCUCAUUCUUCAAUCUCCAGGUCUAUGUUAUAUCGAGCUUUUGCUCAUAUCAUAUCUGAUACUCCACUAAUUGUAGUAUUGAAUGAAGCCAAAAAGCUGAUACCAGUUCUCCUGGAUUGCUUGUCCAUGAUGACAGAGGAUCAUCAAGAUAAACAUUUGUUGUAUGGUCUGCUGCUUGUUUUAUCGGGGAUCUUAACUGAGAAGAAUGGGCAUGAAGCUGUUGCUGAGCAUAUACAUAUUAUCGUCAAUGGCCUGAUCAGGCUUGCAGAGUACCCUCAUAAAUCGCUUGUCAGAGAGACGGCCAUUCAAUGUCUCAUGGCCAUGUCCGAGAUGCCCCAUGCCCGUAUCUAUCCUAUGAGAAGACAGGUACUAAAAGCAAUAUCAAGGGCUCUUGAUGAUAAAAAGAGAGUUGUUCGUCUUGAAGCUGUCAAAUGCCGACAAGCAUGGGCGUCGAUUGCAGCCAGGAGUCUUCAUUUUUAAACUUUUCAGGCGACUGAAACCGUUUUGACCGUUGGUUUCUACCCAGGCGCAUCUUGUUCAUAGUAAAAGCUGACAUCCCAUUGGCAAAGUUUGCUUCUUUCCACUGAAUGAUUUUUCUAUUUUCUUUCAUACAAUUUAUUUUUCACUUGUUAAAAGAUAUUAGUUCUUACACUCGAGCGGAUAUGUCCUUAUCCCUUGUAUCAUUCUUUCUGAUAUAUUGCGUCGAUUUUUUUUUCCCGGAAUA